GGAACUUUCCCAGACACGGCAGAAGCAGCAAACGUAACUUUAAAAGGGUGCUGGGAAGAAAAACUUUACCGCAACUUUUAUCCGUGAGGUUUCUUUUAAGGACGUGCGGCUGUGCAAUCCUCGGCAGUGUUCUGAGACUGUAUAGCCGACUCUGACGAAGAGUUUACUGCAACUGCAUAACGACUCGGACUGUUGCGUGUGAACUAACAAACGAACCAACAAAAAACACUUCACUUUUUGUUGUUGUUAUUUUUACUUUAUAGAUUUUUUUUAACCACCGCUGGAAGAAAAACAUACUUUUAGCCUUUAUUUAAAAAACAAAAAACAACAACAAAAAAAAAACAUGACAGCUGAUAAAGAAAAGAAAAGGAGCAGCUCGGAGAGGAGGAAGGAGAAGUCCAGAGACGCCGCUCGAUGUCGCAGAAGCAAGGAGACUGAGGUUUUCUAUGAGCUCUCCCACCAGCUCCCCCUGCCCCACAGCGUGAGCUCACACCUGGACAAGGCCUCCAUCAUGCGCCUGGCCAUCAGCUUCCUGAGAACUCGCAAGCUUGUGAACUCCACUUGGCCAGACAAUGAAAGCGAGAGCGACAAGCAGAUGGACGGCCUGUACCUGAAGGCUCUGGAGGGAUUUAUUGCUGUGGUGACACAGGAUGGGGACAUGAUCUUCCUUUCUGAGAACAUCAGCAGCAUCAUGGGCCUGACGCAGGUGGAGCUCACUGGCCACAGCAUCUUCGACUUCACCCAUCCAUGUGAUCACGAGGAAAUGAGAGAAAACCUGAGCUUGAGAAACGGCUUUGCCAAGAAGAAUAAAGACUUAAACACAGAGCUUGACUUCUUCAUGAGAAUGAAGUGCACAGUUACAAACAGAGGCCGGACUGUCAACCUCAAAUCAGCCAGCUGGAAGGUCCUGCACUGCACUGGACAAGUCAAAGUCUACAACAGUCACCCUCCCCACACGCUAUGUGGGUUCAAAGAGCCCCCUCUGACCUGUGUGGUCAUGAUGUGUGAGCCCAUCCCUCACCCCUCCAACAUAGACAUGCCUCUGGACAGCAAGACGUUCCUGAGUCGCCACAGCAUGGACAUGAAGUUCACUUACUGUGAUGAGAGAGUCACAGAGCUGAUGGGGUACUGGCCUGAGGAGCUUUUGGGACGCUCUGUGUAUGAGUUCUACCAUGCACUGGACUCGGACAGCAUGACCAAGAGCCACCAGAACUUGUGCACCAAGGGUCAGGCAGUGAGCAGUCAGUACCGGAUGCUUGCAAAGCACGGGGGGUACGUUUGGCUGGAGACCCAGGGCACUGUCAUCUACAACACCCGCAACUCCCAGCCGCAGUGCAUCGUGUGCGUCAACUUCGUGCUGAGCGACAUCGAGGAGAACUCUGUGAUCUUCUCCUUGGACCAGACAGAGUCACUGCUCAAGCCACAUGUCCUGAGCAUGAGCAGCUUCUUCAACAGCGGGGUGCCAGUGUCCGACACCAGCGAGCAGCUCUUCACCAGUCUGAAGGAGGAGCCCGAGGAGCUGGCACAGCUGGCACCCACGCCCGGUGACACCAUCGUCUCCCUGGACUUCGGAGGGCCUCCAUUUGAGGACGCUCCCCUUUACAAGACCAUCAUACCUCCCCCAAACAAGCCCUGGGCCAUGGAGGAGAGGAAUCCGUGCAGCCAGCCCGAAGGGAAGAGCCUGGCUACCUUCUCUGCGCUGCAGGGCUCCCCGGCCAGGACCCCCCUGAGCGCCAGCAGCACCAGCAGCUGCUCUACACCAAGCAGUCCCGGAGACUAUUACAGCUCAAUGGAUAAUGAUCUCAAGGUUGAACGGACUGAGAAGCUCUUUGCAAUGGAGACUGCAGCAAAGGCCCAAUGCACUACUGAGCUGGAGCUCAACGACCUGGACCUGGAGACCCUGGCUCCAUACAUUCCCAUGGAUGGAGAAGACUUCCAGCUGAACCCCAUAUGUCAGGAGGAGCCACCCCUGUCUGAAAACAGUGCCAACAGCAGCUCCCACCACAGCUUCAGCACCGUCGCCAGCCUGUUCCAGCCACUAGCCUUGCCCCUGCACAGCCACGUGCAGUCUGAGAACUUCUGCGCUCCCAUGCAGCCGUCUACGGAGAAGAGGAAUCCCAGCCCUGCUGCCCCAGGCCCCCAUACACCCCUGACCUACACGGGUACCACCUUGGUGCCCCCCUACCACACCCACACCAGCACUCCACUGUCUUCCAUGGGGGGCAUACAGAAUGUUCAGUGGCCACCCGAUCCUCCGUUUAAUUAUCCACCCACCAAAUGGAGCAUGAUGGACCAGCUUCCAGCGUGCCAGUCCCAUUCGAUGUCUCUUUAUAACCAAAGGUCCCGGGAUAACUUUUUCCAACAAGGCAAAGAUGUGACCCCAGCCAGGACUGCUCUCGCCAGCCAUUACAAGCGCAAGAGACAGACAGAGUACAGAGAUCAACCACUGCUUCAGCAGCUUCUCAUGCAGGAGGACCCAUCCCAGAGCAAGUCCCCGGAGAUGAUGUGGAAAAGAAUGAAAGCCCUGAAAGCGGACAGCUGCUCCUUCAUGGAGAAGAAAUCACUCAGCAUGAGUGCUCUUCAAGACAAGUUCAACACUGGACAUGGCUGUCUGGAUCAAGCUAUCAAUCAGCUUCAGCAGGAGAAGCCGCAGUGCUCUGGAAACAAUGGUGAAAAUCAAAGAGCGACAUUUCCACAACAGUUCUACGGCUCCAACUAUCGGGAGUUCAAUAUGCUGCCUGCCCCAAAAAUGGGAAUGGCGAGUCGCCUGCUGGGCCCAUCAUUUGAGACCUACUCCCUGCCGGAAUUGACCAGAUAUGACUGUGAGGUUAAUGUUCCAGUCCUCAGCAACCUGAACCUGCUGCAAGGAGGUGACUUGCUGCGUGCACUCGACCAAGCCAGCUAAACCUCCCGCAAUAACCGCUAGCCUACAGCAUACCAGCAGCUUGGUUUAUAUAUAUAUAUAUAUAUAUAUAUAUAAUCUCAAGUAGAUUAUUUCUAAUAUUGAUAUAAAGACAUUUUACUUAGAUUAAAAAGCAUUCUAUAUUUGUUUGAUCUACUGUGACAUUUUCUCUAUUUUAAUAAAUGUUUUUCUUCUUCUCCUAAAGAAUUCUUUCACUUCCUUCUCAUUUCUCCUUCACUUUCUCACAAACUCUUACUCAAUUCCCACUGAAAUAACAUUUAAGCAAUAUUGUAUUUAUUUUUUUGUAUUUGUAUUCUUCAGAAUACAUAAUGAAGUUACUUCCAUGAACUGCAGUGGUAAUUACAUUUCCUGCAAAAGGAAAAUACGCAGUACAGACAAAAAAACAGACCUUUUCUAGCUUAUUUUUUUUCAGUCCUUCAUUAUGGUUUUAGUUCCAGAAUGUAACUUACCUUCUCUUCCACUAUACACUCUCUGUUUCCAUCUAACUAUCACCACUGAGACAGCAAACCCACACAAGGACAUUAAGAAGGUUGCAAACUGUUGCUUUUCUCAAACAGUGUCAU